GCAUACUUGCAGCGUUUAAACGACUACACAUGACGCUCAUAGUACGUAUUUGCCAUUUCGCAGCAGCAGUGAAUAAUUUAACAAAGAACCAAGAAUAUCUUUCUAAAUAUCGCGUGAAAAAUGUGGUUAACGCAGGUGUUGACCUUCAACAUGCUCAGCGAUUUGGUCGGUCUGUUCUACGUGGCCGAUUAUUCGUCAGAUUCGCUGAUCUCCAUGAACAUCAACAUAAAGGAGAAAAAUUCCAUCCUCGAAAGCUACGAAUUUGCAACUGAAGCCAUGAGAGUAACUCACGCUGUGGCUCAGAAUCGUUUUCCAAAUAUGUUUCUGUUCGGAGCUGCAUCUUCGGCUUAUCAGAUCGAGGGAGCCUAUAAUUCUUCAGAAAAAGGCAUGAACGUCUGGGAUUACUGGACGCAUACCAAUCCUGAUUUAAUCCUCGAUAAAAGCAACGCUGACGAUGCCUGCAAGUCGUUCUACAAGUAUCCGGAUGACAUCGCGCUGCUUAAGAAUUUGGGGGCUAAGGCGUAUAGAAUCUCCUUAUCAUGGUCUCGUAUACUCCCCGACGGAAUGUCCAAUUUCGUCAGCCUCGAGGGUGUCCGGUACUACAACGAUCUGAUAAACAUGAUGAUCUUGUCGGGGAUCACACCCGUGGUGACGAUUCACCAGGGCGACAUCCCAAUGAAACUCCAAAUGAUGGGCGGCUGGACCAACCCGAACAUGACCGAAUAUUUCAAAGGCUUUGCGAGAGUUGCUUAUUCGUACUUCGGCGAUAGAGUCAAAUAUUGGAUAACGAUCAACGACCCCUGGACACUAUGCAACAUGCAAUUCGGCGAUGCAAUGAGGCCUGUCUACAGCGACAGCGGCGUCGGCAACUAUCUAUGUGGACACCACGUUCUCAUCGCUCACGCGAAGGCUUACCGACUCUAUCGCGAGGAAUUUCAGUGGCUCCAAAAUGGCAAAGUGGGAAUAAGCAUAGGCACGAACUGGUUCGAACCAGCGGACUCGACGUCUCUCGACGAUCUCGAAGCUUCCGAGAUAAGCUACCAGUUCGCCAACUACUGGUUCCUCAACCCCUUGCUCGGUGAAAAGGGCGACUAUCCGGACAUCAUGCGCGAGCAGAUCGCCGUCGAUAGCCAGCUGCAGGUUUUCAAACAGUCCAGACUGCCGGUGUUCACCGACGAAGAAAUCCAGCUGGUCAAAUUCAGUCUGGACUUUCUGGGCAUCGGCUUCUUCACGACUUAUGAGGUGAAGGCAAAGCCAAUCGACCUUGACAGCUUCUACGAGUACGACAGCGUAUUGGCUAAACCGUCGCUCGAGAGUGACAUGGAAUCCAUUUGGUUGGUACACGACGAAGUUCAAGGGGCUUUUGACAUCAAGAAUACUCCGGACAAUUUCCGUAAACUGCUGCAAAAGAUAAACGAAGAUUACGUUCUGCCGCCGGUUUACAUAACUGCUAACGGUUACGCCGAUCUUGGAGAGAUCGUCGACUAUGACAGAGCAAAGUACCAUUACGACCACAUCAGCGCGAUGUUCGCCGCGAUGGCUAACGGAGUAGAUAUAAGAGGAUACUUUGCUUGGUCGCUGAUGGACAGUUUUGAGUGGCAAGAUGGUUACAGGAAACGCUUCGGUCUCUACGGAGUCGAUUUCGGAGACAACGAUCGCCCGAGAGUGGAGAAAGUCUCAGUCGGGGUUCUUAAAAAUAUUUUCGAGACAAAAGUAAUACCUGAUGAAAUGAAUCUUGCAUUGUCGGUAUAGAAACGCACAAACGUAGUGAGACAUUUAUAUACAUGUAAUGACAAUGUAACGACAAAUAAAUCCCCCGAAUUUUUGUCGGCAUUUUCAGUUUAUUUGAAUUUACUGCAAUAGAAGACUCAAAGUAAUAUUUCGUCAUAAUAAAAAAGGACUACAGGAGAGAGCACUGAAAAA